CAUCAACAUCAGUGAUUUCCCAGGAGAGCCGUGAUCAUUGACGCAAGCAAAGAAUGAAAGCAUUCAACAUUUUUGCUUUUCAAAGAAGAUCGCAAAUAUCUAUCUAUUGAGAAAGUAAGUGUAAGCUCCUGAUGAUCCAAGCUUGGUUAAAUUGAAUCAGUGCGUUGUCUAUAAUCUUGAUCUUCUUCUAGCAGUUGUAGCACUCCUGGAAGAAAUAAAGACUUCUCUUACUAACUUAGUCAACAAAAGCCUGACUCAGCACUAGAAAUUCUUGUAGAACAAAUAAAAAGACACAUCUAGUAUUACAACAAAAUGCCGAUGACUAUGGAAGAGCGCGUGCAGAAAAUGCAGGCUGCCAGAGCAAAAAAGAAAAUGGACAAGGAAAAGCGGCUAGAGGCGCUGCGCAUUGGACGCGAAAAGGCCAAAGCUGCCAGAGACGCUAAAAAAGUAGAUAAACAGGGUGGGAAGUAGAUAAACAAGGCUAGAAGUUGUUGGUAGUGGUAGUGUGGACGAGGAGGACUCCUUUUUUCAUGGUUUUACCCGUUUGCGGCCGGGGUGGUGGGCGAGGAGAAUUCCUUUUUUCAUGGUUUUACCCGUUUUUUCAUGGUUUUACCCGGAUAAGAUACUAGUACUAUGGCAGCACCAGGCGCUACUUGAAUAGUCAAGAACAUGCAGUACCGCGAAACUAUUUUCAGCGCAUUCUUCAGUUGCUGUCGUGAUGAAGAUGUCCGCCGACGUGAUGUUGAUCAUCGAUUGCCGAUGUUAGCACGUACUUUUGAUUUCUUGUGGUCUUCAUUAGUAGAACUACGCCAUUUGGAUUGAAUUUAUGGAGUACCUCAUGCUAGCAAAAUGAAUGAAUGAAUGAAUGAAUGAAAUACUAGCCACUAAGCAUAAAAACUUCAGGUCAAAGAACGUCAUCAUGCGGGUAUUGAGCAGCGGAAAACGUCGUCUGGUUGCUAUUUUACGACGACGGCAGUACCAGCAGAAGGAGAUGGAGCAGAACAUCAUAAGAACUAGAAUUAUUUACGGCUACGAUGCAAGAAGUGCAACUUAGAAAAGUCACGGGAUUAGCACGAGCAGCGGCAAAAGGAUGGAGUACAAGUUCACUAUGUGCGCCGCUAGGAUCCCCAUUAUAAUAUGUGCCAACUAAGUUGUACAAGAAAUCCCUGUUGUUGAUGAAGUAGAAAGCUUUUUGUCAAUAACGUAUUUGUUGAUGAUGUAGAAGAUGAAGACUCACACCUUUCUUCGCCGAACAAGUGUAUGAAAUUACAAGAAUUCCAUAAAUCGAUUUCGGUAGACGAAUGCAAAAUUCCUGCUCGACACAUCAUCUGCCUCCAAAGGUACUAACUACACAUUUCGCUUAUACAAAUAGACUGUUUAAUGUUGACAUGGGUCAUGGAAUGAUCACCUCCACUAGAGGAAUGAUCUGCGUCUGCGUCUGCCAGCGUGAACUGGUGAUGUUUUGACCAUCUGCCUUCGCUGCAGGAGCAGCUCUAUUCGAUCGUCGCGUACUUGGGAAUACUUGCUUUAUCCAUUCGGAGACGAGAAAAGAUCGGAAGAUACGUUCUCCUUCCAUGGUUAUUGAUCCCUAAAAGUAUUCCGAGAAGAAGUUUCUCCUUUUUCGGCCUUCUACGUGAAGAUGCAUUGUGCAUUGUGGUCGGAUUUUCUCGUCUUCUUCGCGUUCGACGAAACCGAAGGCGUGUUUCCUCAGGAGUCGUGUUUCAGUGUCAUGUAGAACACUGAAAAAAGAUAAGAGUCGUGUGUUUCAGAGGGAGUUGAAUGAUGUCGUGCUUGUGAAGUCGUUCGUCCGGAGUCGGCAUUAUAGAUACAAAUAGAGGUCCUAGUACAAAAGCCUGAUAAAAUGGAAAGCCGACAGGACUCAGUGAGGAAAGCAAAUAUUAACGCGCUUAUAAACGAAAAAAGCUUGAGAAUCCUCUCGAAACUUGCAACAUCUUCAUCUUCGAAUUCAAACUUCUAGAACGAAAUAAAGCCAAGAGGAGCUUGUAAUAUCAAAUUUUCGAUUGAAAAUUCAAAGCGAGUAAAAAAAAAAUGUCGUCUUCGACUCCGCAACAACACUCCGCCGCGGCGGUGCCGCCGCCAACAGACGCCGCGGCCUUUCAUGCACAACCUCCCUCAUCCUCAUCCGCGAGCGCGUCUACUUCGUCUGUAGCGUUAACGACCGCUCAGAAUUUUUUGGAGGAUAUCCUCAGAUUUCUCUCGAACGCUCUACUGUCUGAAGAAGGUGCAGAUCUCGGUGGAUCGACUCAUGCAGCAAAUCCAAAUGCCAUCGACACGUCGGCAGACUCAUCAUCCGCAACAUUGAGACUCCUCAGAGGCAAAGGAGGUGGCGGAUUUAGCCCUGGAGCCAGAAUUAUGCUGGCAGGAUUCGGGAUCGUCUUCAGCUUAGGCUUCUGCUACAUCAUGCGACAUCGAGUGACGCAGUGGGCGAGUGAUUACUUUGGUACUUCUUGCUCUUGCUCGUGCGCAUCCUUUGCCUUUCGCAUGACCUGGAGGACCAUACGAGCGUGAGAGUGAGAGUUGACCUUGACAAGCACCCCUUCAUGUUCUAGUUCCUCUCUGUGCUCAAUGAUCAGGGGUUUCUAGUUGUGGUUUUGAAGCUCUCUAUGCAUAAGUACAUACAUUCUAGAACUAGAAGCACAACUACAAAGACCUCCACUUCUUGAGGUGGAGGUUGUACAUUCGAAAAGCUUCCUCUUAAUGUUUUAAAACGCCCUCACUCACUAACACUACAACACUCGUCACGCACUCACCACGACCCUCAGAACCGCCCGUCGAUAUUCGACAAGUGCGUGCGCAACAUGCCAAGACCGCGAAUGACAAGAUGGCCGAUGCGAUUCGAGCUGGCGCCUCUAGUCGUGUGAGGCCUUUGGACAAUGAUCUGGAAAUGGGUGGUCCGCUGAGUUCGCAGUACGGCGGCAGGGGUCUUUACGCACCAGACGCAUUACGCGCUUAUGCGAUAGCGAAGCAGAAAGCGCCGCCGCCAUCGCCACCCAAGAAACGAAAGAAUGUUGUGAUGUAGUGACGUGGGCUGCUAGAGAUGGAACAAGGGGUCGAAUAGAUGAACAUGACUGCUGCCUGAUGCAAGAAGUUGUAUCAUCAAAUAAUGAAGAAGUUGAAGAUAUAGAAACGAUCUAGCACAACGACAGUAAUUAAUGCAGAACCUCUUCUCCAACUGAUGAACAAUAAAUGUACUUACCCAAUAAAGAGCAUGAUUACGAUUACGAAGAACUAGCAAACACAACAAGACGAGGAUGUUGAUGAUUCCUCUUACCGCGGCUGUAAUGAACAGAGCUUUGAACAGCAGUCUCAUGAAUUUGAGAAUAUAGAUUCUGGGAAGAAGGGAAAGGUUACAAUGGACUUUGAUGAAGAGGACUUGGUCUGAAACCGAAGGCAUAGAGGCAUCCUUCUACGAAACUGAAACAAGUGUU